CUGGCAGAAAAGGAGGCAACCCGCCCAUUUUCCAACCUCCAGCAGUUUUCAUGCUUUCCUUCGGAGAGACAGGAAGCGAAAGUAGAUUUAAAAAAACGGACUUUACUGUCGGACUUUUUACUAACCGUGGCAGCAGGCUGACGCCGCACGGUCGUCGCCAGGAGCGGGAAUUAUCCGAGCUAAACGUUUUAUCCUCACAGACGAACGAUGUGGAAAAAAGAAACUUAGCUAGGGAUAAGACUCAAAAAGGAUAGGCAGGAUGUUUCAAAGUUUGAACUUGUUGGCGUUAAGCUCCCUCCUUCUAAUGGGUAAAUCCCAACAAGACACAAUCUUACCACCACAAAAUGUGUCCCUACGAUGGAUUGAUGAUUUUCGACCAGAGUUGUCCUGGGCACGACCACAGCAUUCAAUGGAAAACUGCAACUAUAUAGUGCGAUCAGAGACCACGAAGAAAAACAGCGAGGAGGAACAAACCACCAGUAAUACUUCUUGGGAUGCACACAUUGUGAUGGAAGGAGGAUAUCUGCUGUUAUCUGUUAAAAUUGUCUGUGAAGGCAAAAGUAGUACAGAAAGUAAUACGAAGGUUGUCAAGAAAACCAACUACACAGAGCUGGUGAAGGAUUUGCAGUGCUACAGCCGUUCCGCUGAACAAGCUCACUGCGUCUGGCUCCCGGGCAGUCCCGCUCCAGAUCUAAAGUUUUACUAUGAGUUACCGAAAGAGGAUUUCACCGUCCCUGGCAAGCCCUCCUUCAACCCAACAGAGUGCUUAAAGUACCGUUACACUGACGGGGUGAGGACUGGUUGUGAUCUGGAGGCGAACAUCGACCAGUCCAUCCUUAUCUUGUUGAAUGGAACGUAUAACAACAGCCUUGCCAGGAACACUUUCAAGAAAUGGCCUUCAAAUAAUAUGAGACCUCCUCCCCUUAAUUGGACAGUCACUGAAACUGUGGAUCAAUUCCUUAAUGUCAGCUGGACUCCUCCUGACAUCCCAGUGCAAUGGACAUAUAUAAUAAAUUACACUGAGUGUGAUGAAAGAAAGACUAAAGAGGUUGAAAAGGGAGAUACAUCCAUUCGGUUGGGCCUGGACCCUCGCUGUCAGUACAGUAUUGCUAUUCAAGCAAAAUAUAAGAAAGGAGAAAUGGAAGGAUGGACACCAUGGAGUCAUGUGAAGUAUAUUGCUGCAGAAACGGGCCCUGAUGCGUGGCUGUUUGCUGCCAUUAUCGUCCCAGUGAUGUUCGCUGGCCUGGCAGUCCUGCUUUGUGUGUGUUUCAGGAAGAAUAAGGAACAUAUUUUUCCCAAAGUACCAGAACCUCGGGACCUCAUCAGUGAUAUUUUUGACAACAACAAUAAGAGCACUGUUUGCAACCUGUACAUGCCAGCAGAGGAAGAAGACAACUGUAAAAUCACUCUGGUGGAAGAGUCCCAAAUCAACAAACUUGGCUAAUGUCACGUCUCUGCAAACAGCUAAAAAGUUGCCCACAAAGCUUACUCACUAUUAUUAGACCAGAGGUCGGCAACCUUUUUUAAUAUGAAGUGCCAUGUUAAAAUGUUCUUGUUAAUCAGUGUGCCAUAUCAGCAUUAAGGCUGCCAUCAUCUAUUGAUCAGGUAGCGUUAUUUUUUUCCUUACAAUUCUGCGAAGAAGCCAACGAGUACUAGCCAAUCAGAGGCAGAGUAGGGAAGGUCUUUAGCAGCAUGCAGAUGGGUCAAAAGUCAGUCAAACUAAC